AUGGCGUUAUAUUCGUUAGGCACGUGGGAUGUUCAACGAUUCAGUCAAACUGUCAAUGUUCCGAACAAUAGCAUUGCAAAAUGCAUGUACUAUUUGGAUGUUGUAUGCACGUUACUGGAAUACGAUGAAUCGAACUUAGAUAGAUUAAGAGAUUUCAGGAAUUAUCAUCGUUUAACCGAUGAUGAAAUUCGCCUACUCUUCAUUGGUUGUGUGGCAUUAAGUCCUGAUUUAUUAAUUGACAAAUGUAUGUUCGAAGAUGCAGAAGCAUGUGGAAAUUCUCUAAAUCGAAUAUACGAAUUAUCUCAUGUGCAGCGGAAUUUCCUUGUUGCUAAUUCCAUUUUUGUUGCCGGUCGAAAUAGACGUGUUAAAAAGAUCAUGGCAUAUAAGCCAGAAUGGAUUAAAACUUUUUAUUACAAUCCCAUCUCACAACUCACACAACAAUUUCAGCAACAACGGCGUUAUGAGCAAGCUUUAGAAUAUUUAGCUAAUGACUGUACAAUUUCGUAA